AUGAAAUGCCAAGACUCCAACAGUCUACAUGAAGAUGGAUCUCUUUCCUCAAAACCCAGAAUUGAUUGGGAAAGCAUCAUUGCUAAUGAGAAUUCUUCAUCAGAAGAUGAAAGCUUAGCAGAAAUUCACCCAAAUGUAGUCAACGCUUCUAAGGGUGGAGAGGACGAUGACAUAGACGAAGAAGUACCUUUGAUAAAACUGCAGAAACGUAACAUCCAGGAACAAGAAGAUAGUAAUGGCUCCUUUACAAAAACGACUAAAAAACGCUCUCGAAACAGAAGCUCUUUGGAGCCCAAGGAAAAGGAUGUAUACACACCAUUGGAACGUCAAUAUAUAGAGUUGAGAAAGAAAUAUAAAGAUUGUAUCUUGGCUAUCGAGGUAGGUUACAAAUAUCGAUUCUUCGGCGAAGAUGCAAAAGUCGUGUCAAAAGCGCUUGGCAUUGGUUGCUACUAUGAGCAUAAUUUUCUAAAUGCCAGUGUCCCUUCUUAUCGUAUUGAUUUUCAUUUGGAGCGCUUAAUCAAUGCUGGCCUUAAAGUUGCCAUAGCAAAGCAGACUGAAACAGCAGCUUUUAAAUCAACUGGUAAUACUCGAAACACGCUUUUUGAGCGUGAUGUGGUCGGCAUGUAUACCAAGGGCACCCUCAUUCGCGAAAGUACUUCUCGGUAUGAUAAGCGAUUAAACGGGUCUCUUCAAGACUCUCAGUACAUUUUAUGCAUUGCCGAAAAUGCCGUUUCUAAAAAGACACCCUUAGGCAAGGUUCAGAUCGGGUUUCUAUGUACCCAACUGUCAUCUGGGACUUUUAUAUACGACCAAUUUGAGGAUGACAUUUUAAGGACCAACUUGCAAACAAGACUUUCACAUUUUCAACCCUGCGAGAUCCUCUUUUCCGACGAAUUUUCUUCGGAAUCAGUUGCUUUGCUAAAUCAUUAUGUCGCAUCUGAGCAAUCAAUCGGAAGAAAAGUUUGCAUUCAAUAUGUAGACCAGCAUACCCCGAAGAUUUCUAUGCAAAAUGUGUGCAACUUUUUUUCGUCAAAUUUCUAUGAUUAUGAACAAGCCAUCGUGAAUUUACACUUAGAGAAGAUAAAAUCUUUGCCAACUUUGUCUAUGGUUUGCUUAGAAAUGACAAUCUCUUAUUUGACCGAGUUUUCUUUGGAAAGAAUAUUAACAAUGUCUGACUUUUAUCAGCCGUUCAGUCAUUUUUCUUCAAUGAUUUUGAGUAAACAAACCCUAGACGGCUUGGAAGUCUUUUCCAAUCAAACUGAACACUCUUCGAUCGGAAGCUUGUUUUGGGUACUCGAUCAUACGUACACAAAAUUUGGACAGCGUUUGCUACAGCAAUGGAUCAAGGCUCCUUUGCUUUGUGAAAACGAGAUUAAUGAUCGACUAGAUGCUGUUGAAGAGCUCUCUACAGGAUUCAAUGAGAAUACACAGAUUUUGCGCAAACUUUUACACCGACUACCGGAUUUAGAGAAGGGUCUUGCAAGGAUAUACUAUCAAAGGUGUUCACCUUCGGAAUUACUUUAUAUUUUAAAAGGAUUUUACAGGGUCUCUACUGCGUUUUCAUCCAAUCCUAAUGAUUCUUUUCAAUCCUUCUUGCUGGGUUCUCUCGUCAAGCAGCUGCCGACAAUACUGUAUCCUGUUGAUCAAUUUUUGGCUUCGUUUAAUCAUGGUAAAGCCGCAGAAAACAAUAAGUUGGAGAUGUUUCAAAAUGUCGAUGACUUUGAUUCCAUUGGAGACUCUUCUUCAGAAGAUUCUCAGUCAAUCUUUAAAAUUCGUGAACACAAGAUGGGUAUAUUAAUGGUUGAGACAGAAUUAAAUAUGCACCUACAGGAACUCCGGGAUUACCUCAACUAUCAAGAACUGAAUUAUUCCUCUUGGGGAAACAUAACUUUUUGUAUUGAAUUAUCUAGAGGCUGUAAAAAUAUACCGGAGGACUGGAUAAGGGUAAGCGCUACUAGAAGCUUAAUACGCUACCACACUCCGGAAAUACAAGCUCUUAUCCUUGAGCUGGCCCAACAUAAGGAAGCUUUAGCUAUAUCAUGUGAAGAAAUUUAUAUGGCUUUUCUAAAAAAGAUAUCUGGUUACUAUAAUGAACUAAGAAGGGUUGCCGUAGCUGUUGCCUCACUGGAUUGCCUACAUUCUUUUGCUUGUGUUUCUUCGCAAACUGGUUAUGUUCGGCCUCAAUUGACAACGCAUGACUUUUACGUGGAAGAAAGCAGGCAUCCUAUGAUUGAAUUACUGACCGAUGGACCGUAUGUGCCGAAUGAUAUCAAUCUCAGUGCUAAAGGUAUACAAACAUUGCUUAUUACUGGACCAAAUAUGGGUGGUAAGACCUCAGUAGUGAAGCAGCUUGCUUUGACGUCUUUGAUGGCACAAUGCGGGUGCUUUGUUCCUGCGAAGAGUGCCCGUUUACCUUUAUUUGAUUCUAUUCUUGUAAGAUUAGGAUCUACUGACAAUAUUUUCCUAAAUAUGUCUACUUUCAUGGUUGAGAUGUAUGAGACCAACGAAAUUUUAAACAAGGCUACCGAUAAAUCUCUUGUAAUUUUCGACGAGCUUGGAAGAGGAACCAGUACUAUUGAUGGAGAAGCAAUUUCCUAUGCAGUAUUAUACUAUUUGAACUAUUAUGUACGUCCGUACCUGCUAUUUGUUACUCAUUAUCCUGGUUUGGGUGUUUUGGAAAAGCAAUUUAAGGAACGACUUCGAAGCUACCACAUGGGGUACGUGAGAUUGGAAGAAACGAAUCAAAAUUCUCAAAGCAUAUCGUUUCUGUACAAGCUGGUCCCUGGAAUUGCUUCAAGAAGUUACGGAUUAAACGUUGCUAAAAUGGCUGGAAUACCAAAUUCUGUUAUCCAUCGAGCCGAAGAAAUAAGUGAAGAACACGAAAGAGAUCAAUGGUACCUUAGGAAAACCCGUACAUUAGUGAAAUUGAGAAAAUAUAUCCAAAUGGUUAAACUCUCGGAAUCAGACUUUGAAGAAUUUUUAUCUUGUUUUUCAAUUUUGGAAACUAAAGAGUUUAUUGAAAUGGCAGAAGGGUUUUGA